AUGGCUCGAGGACCGAUUCAGAUCUGGAAUGAGUGGGCAAUCCAAAUCCUCGUCGGACUGAGCUUCACACUACAGAUUUUCCUCUUUCUCUUUGCUAGGACCCGUCGGCGUGGACCCUCAGCCAUGCUGAAGAUCCUCCUCUGGCUCGCGUACCUCAUGGCCGACUCCACCGCUGUCUACACUCUCGGCCAUCUUUCCAUCAACCCCUCACCACACGAGGAGAAGCUCGCAGUAUUUUGGGCGCCCUUUCUCCUGGUGCAUCUUGGUAGCCAGGACACCAUCACCGCUUACGCCCUUGAGGACAACAAGCUCUGGCCACGCCACCUGUUAAAUCUCGGCGUCCAAGCCUUUGGGGUUGCUUAUGUCCUCUAUAAGCACAUCGCUGAGAUCCCAACCUCAUUGGGGUUAGCUACCUGUUUGAUGUUCGUCAUUGGUUUCAUCAAGUAUGGGGAGAGGAUAUGGGCUCUCAAGUGUGCCACCCUGGACAGCAUCCUGAGCUCUAUCAGGGAAUUUCAGUUUCUCCCUACUUACUACGUUGCGCUUCCGUCCCUCGGAGCGAGGGCAGAAGAGCGAGAUGAAGAAGAGCUCCUCCUGUUUGCUCAAGGCAUGCUCCCUCGGUGCAAGGGUGCUAUUGCUGAUUUUCCUGUGGCUUUGUUUGGGAUGUCGAGAUCGUCAUUUUAA